AUGCUUCUUACACGAUGGAUAACAUCUUUUCGAUUGUGUCGAUCGUUUACUUUUCCUGGACAUUUCUCAACAACAAUUAUUAAACUUGUUUUGCUUUUUUUUUACCCCUUUUUGUCUUAUUAUUCUGAAAUUAUUACUAACACUAUUUUAGGAUACAUUGGUGAAUUUGAAUACAUUGAUGAUCACAGAUCCGGUAAGAUUGUUGUUCAAUUGAACGGUAGAUUGAACAAAUGUGGUGUUAUUCAACCAAGAUUCAAUGUUAAAAUCAAUGACAUUGAAAGAUGGACUGAUAACUUAUUGCCAGCUAGACAAUUCGGUUACGUUAUCUUGACCACUUCUGCUGGUAUUAUGGACCACGAAGAAGCUAGAAGAAAGCACGUUUCUGGUAAAAUCUUGGGUUUCGUUUACUAA